ACCAGAUGCGCACCGAACAUACUACAGUAAAUGAUAAAAAGAUCCAAAAUAUUUGUUGAAAGCACUUGCAUAUUGAAGAAGAUAGGCAUGGCAGAAUCCACGCCAAGGAAACAACACAUUGUGACAGAUAAAUGUGUUUUAUGCAGUUUUCCGUUUUGUCACAUUGAAAUAACACCUUCAGGUGAAAAGGUAAAACAUACAACUAACUUGAACAAAAAGCGGAAGUUGACAGCGGACAAAAUUAAAGACUUAAAACUUAUAACUGGUGUCCAUGAUUUUGUUCCAACAGAAACACAAGGCAUAUGCACAAAAUGCUACCGGAGAGUGGAAAGUGUUAAAAAAACAGAAAGCGGAUUGAAGAAAACAAAACAAAUAAUCUGGGAUUCUUUAUUGCAAUCGUCAUCUAACACUAACAGAGAAGUUAAUGUGAAAACCAAAUUAAUGACUACUUCUGAGCUGCAGCAUAAGCAGGUUAAGGGUACAGAGGAGAACUUGGAAUUUGACAUGAGAUCAGAAAGUUCUACACUGACUGGCAUGACUGGAGCCAUUCCAGUCACAGUUACAAUAAAAGCUGAACCACCUGAGAGUGCUGAGAACCAGAUGACAGAAACUGGGAACCAGACAACAGAACUGCAGAACCAGACAACAGAAACAUGUAAGGCAGUUAAGGAAACCAGCUCUAAGCACUUUGUACACAUUUUAGCAAAUCUAAGAAAUUCAUCGGAUAUCUCCAUCUGUUUGAUAUGUGGAAAAUGCACAACAGUAGUAAAAGCGAAUAAAUGCCUCUUAGAAGCAAGCAGUCCAGAAUUCAGCAGGGUCUUAAAGCUCAACAGUCAAAAACAGCCAUUAGAAGCAGCUGUUUUAGAAUUGGACAAUAUGGGUUUUUUGACUGCAGACUUUGUGAAGUUGAUUGACUUCAUAUACACUGGGAAGAUAACAUUAACUUUGGAAAAUCUUGAAAAUAUUUUGCGUAUAGCUGGAUACUUUAAAAUACAGGCAUUGAUAAAUCUCUGUGAAGAAUAUUUGAAAUCAGUACUUAACAAUGACAAUUGUGUACAGCUGUUCUUGGUGCUCUGUAAGAAUGACACUGCUGUGAUGAUGAAAAAUAGUCUUGGAGGUGUAAAGAAAGCACUGAAGGAAUACAUCGGACUGUACGUUCGUGGUCUGAUAAAGGAUUGCACAAUAUUUAAGUACUCAAAUGAGGAUAUCAUUCAUCUUCUCAGAAACAACUGUUUAACAGAAUUAAAGGAUGCAGAUACUGCCUGCCAGUUUGCCAAAAAUAUGCUUGACCAUUGUCCAGGGAUACAACACCAUCGAGGCAUGGAGGACUACAGUCAGGUUCAGACUGCUGCAAAGGCUGCAGAAAUGGCUAUAACUUUCCUAUUGGAGGAUUUAGAGACCAUGUUCUUGCCUCAGAAGAAAUCAUUAUGCGUCAAGAUUGUUUCAUUACAAAAUAAGGCUCAAGAACAGUUGGGAAUAGCUGACCUAUUCGAGGAAGCACUGACAAAGUUGUCUAAAAGUCUAGGUAUAAAUUGUUUAUCACCAAAACAUGAAAAUGGGACUGAUUCGUUGGUCACACCUGUAACUUUAUCAGCCAGUUCUCAAAUACAGUCAGAUAAGAUUAAAAUUGUACUUUCACCAAACACUUCAGGAAAACGUAACUCUUUUGCAAAUGACAACAAAAAUGAAGACACAGCAGCCUGUUUUAUCAAAGAAGGUAAAAUGAAAACAUUGAUUAAAAAAGUUGGAGGAAAAGGUGUUGAUAGCAAGCCAAAGCUGAAAAAUGGAAAAACAAAAGGUGGAGAUGGCUUGGAAUCAUCUAAUGUUGAAGAAGACUUAUCAGGUAUAUUUGAAACUCUGGCAAAGAGUUCUUUUGAAAAGUUAAUUCCAGUUACUGAAAAUGACAGUAAAAUAUACCCUGAAACUUCAGUUCGUAAAAUAGAACAGGUCAUAGAUUCAGGUAAUAAAUCAGGCAUGGGAGAAUUUGACUCUGAAAACCUACAUGUUGUUAUUGAAAAUGUCAAAGUUGAACCAGAAGAUCCUUGGACUCAAAACACUGCAGGUGACACUGCAACUGUAGAGGAAAAUGAAACUGUACAAAGUAUGCAUGCAUUAGAAAAUACAGAUGCCUUCACAUUGUUCAGAUCUGAAACAGAUAGUUUUGAUCAAAGACAAUUACAGGAAAACAGGUGUGAAAACCUAUUGGUAAAAGGAUAUUCUGAAACACAAAUCAAGGUUGAAAAAGUAAAUGAUGACGGAACUAUUGAUCAUAUUGUGAUACAAAGUCCAGUUAUACCUACAGUUGUUAAACCAGAACAGCCAGACGAAGGUUAUGCGAUUAUUAAACAAGAACAACAAUCUGUAAAUGAGAUACCUACAAACAAAAGCAUUUCAUAUGUGGGCUGUAAUGUACCUGUUGAACAGCAUUAUUCAGGAUUGGAAAAGAGAAAGAAGACAGCAAAGGUAGCAAAGUUGCCUGUAACAACAAAGAAAAGAAAGUAUGAAGAACAGAAACAAAAUAAACAAGAACUAGUUCAGGAUCAUGGUCAUAAAAGUGAAUGCGAAGGACAAACGAAAGACAAUAAAUCUGGGCCAAAAGUUAUGCUUAUUCCAAAAAGUAGGCUGAAAAAGGUUGUUAAAAAGUCUGAAAUGCAUAAACAGGAAGAAGAGAAACCUAUGUCAGAAAAAGUGAAAGUAUUACUUAGACAGCAUCUGCGAAAGUCGCAACAGUGAGCAUGAUAUAUUUUAGGAUGUUUUCACCUUUGACACAUUGUAUAUAGGUUUGGAGCGGAAGUACAAGAAACUUUGAAGAGAAUAUAAAUGUUUUGAGAAACUAUUUAUUUAUCGAUUGUGAGGAUAAUUUUCCAGAAGGGACCGGAAAUUUCACAUUGUACCAUGCAUCAUAUAUUUCAAAAGAGUAAAUUCAUUCUAUAUGGCACAUUGGAGAAGAAGUAGUAAGUGUUAGAAAGUUACACAGUGUUGAUAUUCUUAUAGAAAGUGGUAAGUAUGUAGAUAUUUAGAAAGUAUUUGUUUGUUUCAGUUUAUGAUGGUAAUAUCUUUCACCAUGAAGUGUACACCUUACACAAUAUUUUCUUAAGUGGUGAAGUUGGUUGUCAAAGUUGUGCAAUAUGGUGUUCCUAAUUGAAAGAUAAAUUGAAUUAUAGACUGUAAAACAAACAGAUUUGUUUAGGUAUGUCAUGUCUUUUCAGUGGUUUUGAUAAAAUACCAGUAUUACUUGCAUACUGUCAUUUACAGUUUCCAAGGCAUGUAAAAUGUUGUAUGUUGGAAGACAUCAUUUUCUGAUCAAUUACAGAAAGGUCAAAAGAAUUUUUUAUACAGUAAUUUGGAAAGCAGUUAAAAGUUUAUGAUGUUAUAGUAGUUAAACUUUAAACCACUUAAAAACAUGUGUAAUAUGAAAUGCAGCUGAUCAGUUCUUUGGACUUUCUGAAAACUGAAUUAUGCGAGAAGCAAAUGUGACUGCAUUUUGCAUAUGUUUUAUAGAGCAUGGUUUGAGUUACAGGGGUGUAGUUGUAUUUUUAAAAUGUUGUGUGAUUUCAUAGUUGUGUGUAAUAAAUGUUUUAAUUAGUGUGGCUCAUCAAUUUAAGCUAUCUACUUCCUACAUGCAAAUCUGCACAUCUAAGACUUUUUGUACAAUUUGAAUUUGUGUAGCUAAAUUGUCUGAAAAUUGAAAUUUUCUGGAUUUUGAGAAACUGUUUGCAAAAAGCAGUGAAGUUUUACAUGCAUGCAUGCAUGCUUGCAACAAAUAUGAAGUCACAACCUCUCUACAUAGGCAGUUAAGACUUUGUUCAUGUUGUUUUUUUGCAUAAUGAAAUGUAUUUCUUACCUUCAACUUGCAUUCAAAUAUUUAUAAAUCUGUAAAAUACUGUAAAAUAGACACAAUAUUUAGUAUAUAGUCAGACAUGUAUAUAAAAUGACAUUUAUGAAAAGUCAAAUACUGACUGUGCUGUAGUUCACUUUUCAUUGACUGAAAUGCACUGUUAAUUAAUGCUAAUUAAUGCUUAAAUUGGAACCAUAACUAGUGGCCGUUUGAGACAGGUCAUCACUAUACAUAGGUGCAUUGUAAUACAGGUUUGACUGUAUACAAAUGUUUCAAACAUUUUGUAUUACAUUUUGUUUUAAACAUUGCAGAGAAUUUAAUAGCUUACUUUGGACAUUUUUACCCAGAAAUCUUUCAUAUCGUAUUUGUUUAGUGAAAAAGUAUUUCCAACAGGAUGAUAGAUGGUAAAAGAAUAUGUUAAAAAAAUAGAAAUUGGGCUGUAAGUUUAGUCAGAUUUGAAAGCACUGGCAAUGAGAUACAGUACAUCCUCUCCAGAGUGGCCCGCUCGUAAGCAAAAUCCUCUCUAUAGCGACAUCAUAGAAAUUUCCUUAAGCUGAAUAUACUAUCAAAUUUACUUCUCCAGAACAAAAAUCUCUACAAAGCAGUCAAUAUUUGUAUCUCCCAAGGGUAUUGCUCUACAGAGGUUGCACUGUAACUUCACAGUGAAGAGACCAUUUAUAACAGUAACAAUUAUUUAGAUGUUACAACUGGUUAUUGAUAUAUUUGCUUUAUUGUUACCUUGAUCUAACUGUUCUGCAUUGCAUUUGGGUGUUACACAUUCAGAAAGUCAGGGUUUUACAAUAAUUUUGAUUCUAUCACUACGGAAAUAAGAGUACUGAUUUAUAGAUUGGAUACUGAGAAUGGAAAAUGUUAUUUUAUGAUGUUUAUGUACAUGUAAAUUUGAAAUUGGUACAAUUUUAGAUGAAAGCAUAUAUUUCAGAGCAGUAGGCACAACCAUGCUUUAAAUGGGAGUUUGAUAAGUUUGAUAUACUGAGGCAUUUGUACAUUUAUAUUAGUUAAUGUAGGAAAAUUAAUGAUUUUAAGUGCUUAUGAUUAGGGCUGGGUACCGCCUUGAAAAAAAUACCGCGGUAUACCACGGUUUUUUCCUAAUUACCGCAGUAUAUACCACAGUAUACCAUCAUAUUUAUCGUAAGACUUACAGCAAUGGUAGUGGUCAUAAAAAUAUUGAAAAACUCUCAGAAAUACUUAAUUUAUUAUGAGCAACAACGAAGACUAGUUACUUGACUAGAAUUAAAGAAAAAAUACACUGGAAUAUUAACUUGACUAAUGACUAGUUAGAUUAAUGACCCUUAGUAUUUUUUACCAGCGUGUAUUCGUCGGAAGACGUCAUAUUGUUUUAGGGAAGCACUGGGUCACAUGUAUAUAGGUCGCGCUUGUUUGAAGUUCGAUUCGUGCACCCGUUUGAUAAACCAGUAACGUUUAUGAAGGCUUCAUCAGAUUGUUUUCAAACAAAAAAAUAAAUUUCGACUGAACAUUUUCCAUACUAUUUAUUUCUUUUUUAAUACGUGCAAAUACAUACUUGGAUAUUUUAAACUAUCAUCAUUUAAACAAGAAGUUGAGACUCGCCAAAUUUACCAGACUCAAAGUAAAAACAAGUGCGCCCAUGACGUCAUCCAUCUAUACGGAAUAAUCUGGAGGUUUUCGAAGGUUUUGAUUGGGGAUCACACGGUCGAUCAUACAUGUUCAAUUGCACCAUUGGGUGGUUAUUUUUGGAAACUAAUAAUAGUAGCAUGGGAAUUCCAGAGAUAUAAAUCGGAAAAUCGUGCAUGGUGUCAAUUGCUGUUACGGAAGGCUACAUAGACAAACUAUAUUAAAAAUAAACAGAGGUAGGGAUAAUGUUGAUAAAAUACCGGUAUUCCCCGAUGGUACCGCGGUAUCGUACCACGGGAAGAUGGUACCACGGUUACCGGUAUACCGGUAAUACCGCGCACCUCUACUUAUGAUUGACUGUAUAAGACAUUUGGAUAUGAAAUCACAAGCGAGUCAGACUCGUGUUAUGCAAAUAAUCACAAGCACAAAUGAAUUUUCACCAGCCCAGUUAUCUUAUAAAUUGUCACAUGCAGCACAAUACCAGUUAGAUGUGGAAAAGUUUCCACAAUGAGUUUUCGUUGAUAGCAGUCACACUUGUUUUCUCAUUGAAAUUUUUUGAAUUUUACAUUCACCUCCUCUGAUCUACAACUUUGUACAUAAUUAUAAUGCUCUGCUUUUGCCUAGCUCUUGUUACUUUUAACCUUACAGCUCUUGUUUGGAAUGAAAGCUCAAAAUAAUUUCAGCUAUUUGACAAAAAUACCUAAUUUGAAACCUUGUCAGAUACUCUGUUUUGGAGAUUCAAGGUCUAGCAAUUUUCAAACAGCAACACCAGACUGGAAGCAAGCCAGUAUUUAAGAGUUGAGUAAUUAAAGUGAAAUUGACAUGUGAAUAUAGAUUGUGAACCAUAUUUUAAUUUUAUCAAGUAUGCUUUCACUGGAGAUAUUUCAUUAUGACCCAUAAAUUAAAGCAAGAAUCUUGUAAAAUUUAUGCAUUUUAUUCAUACGAAUUUACAAAACAAUUCAA